GUUUAUUUUUAAUCUGGGAUGGGCACUAUUUAUUGUCUCAGCAAACAGAGCUCAGGGGGCACCAGCUGACGGAUUCCUCAUAGAAAGCCCAAUUCGGUCUUAGAAAUGGCACCCAAAAAAGCUAAGAAGAGGGCCGAAGGUGCAAACUCCAAUGUGUUUUCUAUGUUUGAACAGGCACAGAUCCAGGAGUUCAAAGAGGCCUUCACGAUCAUGGAUCAGAACCGUGACGGGUUCAUUGACAAAUCCGACCUGAGAGAUACAUUUGCUGCAUUAGGACGCUUGAAUGUGAAAAAUGAAGAACUGGAUGACAUGAUCAAAGAAGCUCCUGGGCCAAUUAAUUUCACCGUGUUCUUGACCAUGUUUGGAGAGAAACUGAAAGGUGCUGAUCCAGAGGAGACUAUUCUGAACGCGUUCAAAGUGUUCGAUCCAGAGGGCAAAGGCCUGAAGGCAAACUACAUUAAAGAGAUGCUGAUGACACAAGGAGAGCGGUUUUCGAAGGAGGAGGUAGAUCAAAUGUUUGCAGCUUUCCCUCCAGACGUGACCGGCAACUUGGACUAUAAGAACCUCGUCCACAUAAUCACACACGGAGAAGAAAAAGAUUAAGGGCAAGGAGUGUGGUCCACACCAUGGCAGGGACGAUGCUGAAUGAGGCUUCGUUCUCCACACGUCACAUUGUUCCCGUCUAUGCAAGCUGAGAUGUUUUUGUGUUCCCUGACUGUUGCUAUCUUCCUGGCAUUCCCAGCCCCCUGUUUGUCCUCUUUGUGUGAAAGAAUUCAGCCAUAACUGGAGAAACAUAUUUCUAAAA